ACGUCACGUCUGGCCGCACGUUGUUACUACAUUUUAGAAAGACGGUUGGCAGGCCGGGUCUUUUCAGAGGUUCCACCUCAAUUCGCCUCCGCGGACCGCAUAAACGGAGGCGAAUUUGGAUUGGCUAAUCCGAAAUUAGACCCCGCGUGCGGACAUGUCGCAACGGAAUUGACGUUAUGCGGCCUUUAGAGAACCCAGCCCGGGAAUUUGGAUACAGCCAAUCAGAAGUGAAUCGGGUGCAAAGUCAGCUGACAACACACUCACAACCAGGAAGAAUGGUCAGAAGUUACAUCUAAAAACUGGUUGUUACAGCACGUCUUAUAAAACGAAUGUAUUAACUAUUAAAAUGUUCGGUGGAGACGACGAAGAUGGAGAUUUCUUGUCACCAGCAGACGGAGCCAAGUUGGCUUCUCUGUUUGGGCCGGAUGAAGAAACCAGUCCAAGGAACGAGUCAUUUUAUUAUACAGCCCCAAAACAGCCGAGGAAAAGUUCAAAUCCAGUAUCAGUCAUCCAGACAGCAGCACUGUCUCCUGGUACCCUGGAAGUGUUGUUUGCUGCUGCAGUUCAAGCCUUUCAAUACAUAAAUGGACAAUACGUGAAGCAGGGAAAGCUGGGGGCAGCCAUUCUGGGAAACCACACAAGUAAAGAGUACAAGCUGCUUCUGUACGUUAGCCAGCAGAAACAAAUUACUUCUGCCAAGAUCCACGUUGACUUCAUUUUCACGGUACAGCCCAACAAUUAUUGCACAUUUUAUGAUGACCAAAGACAAACUUGGUCCCUAAUGUUCGAAUCUGCAAAAUCAUCAUUUGACUUCUGUAAAGAGGUGUGUUUGGCAAAGGUAAACAGCUGCAAUGUUUUAGAUGUGGUACUGACUCAAGACCUCAGUCUCGGGGAAGGCCAUGCAGUUCAAUACGGAGACUCCUUGGAGGUGGCCUACAGAGGCUGGCUCUUGCAAAACCAUACUAUUGGACAGAUGUUCGACUCCAAUCAAAAUAAAGACAAGUUGUUACGGCUGAAGAUUGGAGCAGGAAAAGUAAUUCAAGGAUGGGAGAAAGGGGUGCUCGGGAUGAAGAAGGCUGGCUGUCGUCUAAUUGUUGUCCCUCCGAGCCUUGCUUGUUCACAAGGCGUCCCUGAUUGUGUCCCAGCCAACAGCACUCUAAUUUUUGAAGCAGCAAUAAGACGGGUGAAAGUCUCCAAGGACUGUGGCUCAGAUCAAACCAGUGCUAGUUCAAGAGAUUCUGGUACGCUCUCCCCUACUCUUAGUGUUGAUAAUCUGAUAUUAGAGCCACCGGUACAAACAGCUGCCUUGGACUCAGGCAAACUAGGGGAGACACCUCUGCGUGCAAAGUCAGAUUCCCUGAGUGAACAGCUCACUACUACUGAUGCCACGAAGGCCAAGCUGAUCUCACGAAUGGCAAAGAUGGGCCAGCCCAUGUUACCCUUUCUAACAUGUCAGCCUGAAUCGAGCGACUCUGAAUUGGAGGAUACCACUGUUAGAGCCAAGAAUCUGCCUGUUGCAUCAUCUCCUGUGCAGAUCUCUUCUGCUGCCCCAGUUCAAGCACAUGCGCUUCCACAUCCCUAUCCUGUUUUUCCGACGAAUGUGCUUCCCAACCUUACCAAUGUUGCUACACAGCCUGGUUUGCUAGGUAGCACACACACUUUUCAGUUCUACUCCAACACACAGACUUCUGUUCCUACAAAUCAGCUCCAGUCUUUGAGCCAAAUUUAUCCUUCACGUGUCCCUUACAUUGGCUCCAGUGACGUGACUUCCUUCUUGAUGAUUGAGACUCGACAGCAAAAUACAGAGAUCCGGUUAGCUGUCGGAAAAGUAGCGGAAAAGGUUGAUCAACUUGUAUCAAAGAUAGAUGACCUUCAAAGGCAGGGAACUGUCUCAUUGGGCCUGUCUGGUAUAUCGAUGGAGUCCUCAAUGAUCAUACAAAAUGUCCAAAGAAUCAUACAGGAAAAUGAAUGUUUAAAGAAAGAAUUAUUCGAGAAAGGCUCUCGUAUUGAGGAGCAAAACCCCAAGAUAAGUGAAGUAUUCAACCAAAGCCAAAGGUAUAUGGACAAUAGCAACACGCAUUUGGAAAAGAGAAAUGACUCCCUCAAGUCUUCAGGUGAACAGAAGCAAGUUAAACUACUGCAGGCUGAACAAGACAAGAUUCAAUUAAAGGAAAAACUGGCAUCAGCCACAGCUAAUCUUUCUCAAAUGCAACUAGAGGGUUUGACACAUCAACAGAAGAUUUCAGAGCUGCAAACUAAACUGAGCACAAGUCGGCUUGACUGUGAACGCCACUCUAAACACAUCAGUGAUCUGGAAUCACAACUCGAAGAGCUGAGGGAAAUAUCAGAAAGAUCCCAGUCUCAGUACCGUGAAGAAAUGCAAAGACGCAAGGAGCUAGAGCUCAAGCUCAAAAACAUGGAGGGGGAAGUUAAUGACCUGAAGACAAAUCAAGAAGGCCUAAAACAAGGGUCACACAGUGCCACUGUUAAGGAGGUACUCGAGAGAAGAGUGGCUGAACUUGAGAUGAAAUUGACUGAGCAAGAAAGUUUAGCAGAUACAGCAACAGAGGUGAAACGUGUGAUGAAUGGUGUAUUUCAUUCUCUACGAGGAGAGUUUGACCUCAGUGAAUCAUACAGUGGACAUACUGUACUUGCUGUGCUUAUAAAAACCAUCAAGAACGUGACUUUGCAGCUCCUCCAUGACAAAGACUCACCGACAACAAUUAAAACGGAAGAGUUGGCAGAUCAAGAAGAGGACACAGGUAAAGAUGAUUUGAAACAAGAAGACAAGAAAAUAUGUAACACAUUCCUUGGAAAUGAAGAAAGUGGUGUCAGCAAACCCAAAAGGGAGGCAGUUUGUGAGACAAAGGAUGACCAUCACCACAGAGGUGAGGACCAAAUGUCAGAUGGAGCUGAAGUACAGGCACCAUUAUCCGUUUUAAAGGAACAGUUUGACUUAGAAGCAUUGGAGACCACACACAUGCCAACGUUAGGAUCUCAAAAGCAGCAGGCGCAGGCAGUAAAUGACACCAGUGAGGCUUCAAAUCCAGAGGCUGGACCUCAUGAGACUGUCCUAACUGAGGUCGAACAGGAGCAGGAUGCUGAGUUGAAUGAAGUGUCUGAGACACGCAUGGAAAAUACAGAAACCUCAGGAGAAAUGGAUGCCUACUCUCAGAAAUCUUUUGAACCCCCAGUUAAGCCGCCUCCACCACCAAAUGAAGUUCUCCUCAGUCAGGCUAAAGAAAAAAGUGUGACUGGAAAAUUGCCAAUGGAAAACGGAGAGAUCAUUUUCCAGGUCCGAGCCAAUGACAAAUCCACUUCGCAUCCAGUUUUAGAAGAGGAGGAGGUGAGUUUAAAGGGAUGCCCACCACCAGCUCCGCUGUUUGGUGAUAAUAAUGACGACGAUGACCCUGACUGGCUAAGUUAAAAUGCAAUGAAAAUUCAAGCUAAGUAGAUCAGAGACCAUGCCUGCCUCAUCUAAUGAAUUUGAAAAAAUGACCAAAUCAGAUUCUGAUCUUGAUUUCUUAUAUGAAAUCUGUUUAAGAUAAUGUGGACAUAAAAAGCUUGCAAACCCCAGUUCAAAAGCCUAAUUUCUGUUUUAAAAAAAAUUGAGACAAAGUGUAGGAUCUCAAAACUGUUCCACAAUUAAUGUGACUUAACAUAUGCAACCCCACCUCUUCCAAUCUUGAAGUGAUGGAGAAAAAAUAAACAUGAACUAAUGUGUUUACACAAGUGUGAAAA